AUGUCAGCUGUCAAUGACACCAAACUCAGUUCUGUAGUGUUCCUUCUCACUGGGAUAUCAGGGCAUGAAGAUGCACAUCUCUGGAUCUCCAUCCCCUUCUGCUUCAUGUAUGGUAUUUCGAUAGUAGGCAAUUCAGUCAUUCUGUUCAUUAUAAAAGCAGACACAAGCCUCCAUGAGCCCAUGUACAUUUUCCUUUCCAUGUUGGCCAUCACAGACCUUGGCUUAUCAAUUGUUACCAUACCAACAAUGCUGGGCAUAUACUUGUUUAACUCCAGGGAGAUCAGCCGGGAUGCCUGUUUUGCCCAGCUGUUCUUUAUCCACUCACUUCAAUGCAUUGAAUCCUCUGUGCUCUUGCUCAUGGCCUUGGACCGUUUCAUCGCAAUCCAUGAUCCUCUGAGAUAUGCGUCCAUCUUAACCCUGCCGAGAAUUGUCAAGAUGGGACUGGUAUGUGUGCUAAGAGGGGUGGUUGUAAUACUUCCACUUCCCCUUCUCUUGAAAAGGUACCGAUACUGUCUAUCCAAUGUCCUCUCCCAUUCCUACUGCUUGCAUCAAGAGGUCAUGAAGCUGGCUUGUGCAGAUAUCAGAGUCAACAUUAUCUUGGGCUUGUUUACUAAGCUCUUAACGAUGGGGUUGGACUGGCUGCUCAUCUUCCUCUCCUAUGUGUUGAUCCUCAAAACUGUGCUGAGUGUUGCAUCCCAUGCAGAGACCUUCAGGGCCCUGAACACCUGCGUCUCCCACCUCUGUGCUGUCCUGCUCUUCUACACCCCAGACAUCAGCUUGGUUGUGAUGUACCGAUUUGGGAAUAGCUCUUCUCAGGCACUUCAGAUUGUCCUGGGCUACAUCUGCCUGCUGGUCCCACCCCUGAUGAACCCAAUUGUGUACAGCGUGAAAAGCAAACACCUUCGUGUGAGGAUCAUCAGGGUGUUCAUCAAGUGA